AAGAGCCCUUGUUGCCCAGGCACCGGAGCUGCUGGCUUAGUCCUCAGGGGGGAUGGCGAGCCAAACAGGGCUGAACACCACAGACUACCUAGAGCCACUCUCUGUCCCUGAGCAGUCUAUCGCCCAGGAGGUGGUGAGCCUCCUCUGCAUGGUCCUCCUCACCCUCAUUGCCCUGGUAGCCAACACCGUGGUGAUGGUCGUCAUUCUCAAAACUCCUCUUCUCAGAAAGUUCAUCUUCGUCUGCCACCUCUGUGUGGUUGACCUCCUCUCUGCCAUUUUCCUCAUGCCCCUGGGGAUCAUCUCCAGCUCCUCCUGCUUCAACAGGGUGAUCUACAGCAUUGCCGAGUGCCAGGCCUUGAUAUUCUUGAAUGUCUGCUUCAUCAGUGCCUCCAUCCUUACCAUCUCCAUCAUCAGCGUGGAGCGGUACUACUACAUUGUCCACCCCAUGAGGUAUGAGGUCAAGAUGACCAUCAGGCUGGCAGUGGCUGGAGUUAUCUUCAUUUGGGUCAAGUCUGUUCUUAUCACUGUCUUGGCAUUGGUGGGCUGGCCUCAAGGCAAUGGUGCCACCAGUGCCAGCCGCUGUACGGUCUACUGGAGCCCUGGGGCCCACAAGAAGGUUUUUGUGAUCAUCUUCAGCAUCAUCUGCUUUGUCCUGCCCACCAUCAUCAUCUUUGCUGUCUACUGCAGUGUCUACCGUGUGGCCCGGAUGGCAUCCCUGCAGCACGUGCCUGUGCCAGCACAGGGAGCUGCACCAAGACACCGAUCCGACUCCAUUGCCAGCCAAGUGACCAUCAUCACCACCAGGAACCUGCCACUGCCCAGGCUGACACCAGAGCGCUUUUUGGGAAGCAACAAGGCCAUUCUCACCUUGGUCCUCAUUGUGGGACAGUUCUUGUGCUGCUGGCUGCCCUUCUUUGCUUUCCACUUGCACUCCUCUUUUGCUGCUGGCACGGUGGGUGGUGGGCAUGGGGAGAUGGUGGUCACCUGGAUUGCCUAUUCCUCCUUCGCCAUCAAUCCAUUCUUCUAUGGGCUGCUGAACCGCCAGAUCCGGGAGGAGCUGGCCCGGCUCCGGCGCAGCUGUCUCAACCAGCCGCUGGGCCAGGAGCUCUGUCUUUCUGUCUCCGAGGCCUCUGUCCAGGAAAACUUCUUGCAGUUCCUCCAGAGGGCGACUUGCACACUGGAGACCCAUGCCAGCUGCAUCAGCCCCAGCCCCAGGAACAGGCUGGACCAGACCAAGAUGGGCUUCCCCAUCCCAGGUCAAGUUCCUGAAGAGAGCAGCUGAAGAGCAGGGGGCUCUGUCCCACUGUGCUGGGCAGGAGGGUGGGCAGGGGACCCAGCCUCUUGGGUUUGGAGGCGUCCUUGUUCAGUUUUUGCCUCUUCUCUGAGCUUAUGGUAGAAGAUAGUUUUUCUCUGCCUGGAGAAGACAGCAGACCUGGGGACACCUCGUCUCCCUUCUGCAGGCUGGGAUUUUCUCUGGCUCCACUAGCACAGCCCAGUUGCAUGGACAGGCUCUCCCUGGGACAUGGGAAGCCAAGGGGCUUCUACACAGUGGCAGGGGAGGGGGUGCCUCCAUCUCUGUCACCCUGCUGGGACCACUCACGGCCAGUGGGGAAGAGCAGAGGUCCCUCACACCCUACCCGGGAGCAAUGACCCAGCUAAUACCACUAACACCAGUAACACCAGGGCCCCAUGCACCCUGAUGAGCCUGUAUGGCUGUCAUGGAACAGGUUGUUUCAUCCUUGGCUGUUUAACCCAAAACUAACAUCUGGGUGGAGAAGCUCCUGUCACCCACAGUACUUAUUAGGAGGAUGGCACCCACAGGACUGGCUGUGGUUGUGUCUGUUUUUCCUGCUGGCGUAGCAGCAUGCAAUGCCCACCAGCCAUGCCCAGCUGUGCCCUCUGUCCCCCCUAGCUAGCAGGGGCUGCCCCUCCAGGGGGGAUGUUG